AUGGGCCUGGAAAAGGGGGGAGCUGUUCUGGCUAAAGAUUCUAAAGAUAAUCAGGAGUUAUCAUAUAAUUUUACUAUUCCUUACAUGGUCUAUCUGCAGUCCAGCCCAGAACCCUGUGUGGGGUCUCUCAUUCACCCUCAGUGGGUAUUGACGGCUGCCCACUGCCCCUUACCUGUGGAAAUUCGACUGGGAGUUUCUCAACCUAGCAUCACAAAUAAGAAACAACAAAUACGAAACUAUUCAUCGAUUGUGACCUACCCUGACUUUGAUGCAAAAUCCUUGAACAAUGACCUAAUGAUGAUCAAACUGUCCAAGCCUGCUUCACUCAACUCCUAUGUGGGGACUAUAGCCAUAGCCUUGGAACCAAUUCCAUUUAAUGAGUCCUGCUUUAUUCCAACUUGGACCUGGAAUAAAUAUAAAAACCUCAGUAAUCCUGACAUCCUGACAUGGAUCAACCAAUAUUCUCUUCCCUUCCAUGACUGUCAGGAUAGACUCAAAGAAGAACUGGCAGGAAACAUCAUAUGUGUGGGACAACCUCUAAGCAUCCUAUCUAAAAACAAGGAAGUUUCAGCUGCUCCAGCCAUCUGCAAUGGGAGAUUGCAUGGAAUCUUGUCCUGGGCAAAAGGAAGUGUCACGAUGGGAAGUGAAGGAUUCUUCACAGAUGUUCAUCCCUAUGCAAGAUGGAUCUUGAAAAUUAUGGAUACCCACUGAGGCACCUCUAUUUCCAUAUCUACUCAGUACCACCUCUUCGAAAUUUCUACACUGGAUCUACAACUCUCUUCAUCUUUGUUGUUUUGGAACAAAAUCCAAAGAGGAAACAUCUGAU